AUGGAACUUCCAUGUAAUAAUAGGGCUUCUCCAAACGCGUGUGGGUCUGUAGCUCUUUUACUUUCAGGACUAAAAGCCGAAAAUAAAGAAUACACUCCUUAUCGCGUAAAAAACGCGGUAAUUAGUUCAGCAAAAUCGAUUGAUGACCCAUUUGGAGUGGGAUUUAUUCAAGUGGACAAAGCAUGGAAUUUCCUACAGAGUUACUAUGAUCGCGCUGAACAGGAUUUAUCUUUUGAGAUCAGUAUAUUCGGAUCUCCGCGUGAAAAACGUGGCAUUUAUUUACGCGAAGCACAAGAAACUUCUACAGUUCAGAUAUUCACUGUGGAAGUCGAGCCAAAGUUCAUGUCUGCGAUUGAUCCGACAUCUGGAGAAAAUAAUAACCGAAAAUACGAAUUUCAGAGUCGUGUUGCGUUGAUUAACACUGAGAGCUGGGUUCGAGCUCCUGAAUUUUUGUUAUUUGGAAGUCAAGGUCGAAGUUUCCAAGUAAAAGUUGAUCCUUCGCAACUGGUCCCAGGAAAAUUUUAUUACGCCGAAGUACAGGGCUAUGAUACGAGUUCGCCGUUCCCAACCCCAUUAUUCAAAGUGCCUGUUACAAUCGUCAAACCAUCGAUUUUGAACAGUGGGACAAAAUAUUUGCUUAAUUCCUUAUCCUUUGGACCGGGACACAUUGAGCGAAACUUUGUGAAGGUCCCAGAUGGGGCAACUUUUGCAGACGUGGUGUUUCGUUUUUCAGCCACACAAAAUACCGAUCCGGCUCGUUUAUGGGUUCACCUGCUCCAACUAUCGCCACAAUCACGAUUCACGAAAUACGAACGCGAGUAUUAUUUCACGAUAGGCAAGGGCAGUUAUGGUAAUUCGAAUGGUGAUGAACAGAUUGAGAAGAAACGGUUUGCUGUUCUUGGUGGGGUAACACUUGAGGUUUGCCUUGCACAAUUUUGGUCAAGCCUGGGAAAUCAUGCAGUUUCACUAGAGUUUACAUUUCACGGUAUUCAACUGGCAAAUCACACUGCCAACGGAGAAAAUGUAGCAUUUAUUAACGGCGGGGAUGCAUUUACUCGUUUGGAUAUAGUUGCCUCGGUGAGACGGGAAGAUGAAAUUAACCCUUCAAUCAAUCUAGAUACCCUUCGAAAAGCUCUUCGUCCGACUGAAUAUUCUUUACGUCCACUGAGUCCAGAACGAGAUAUGCUUCCCAAUUCGCGACAAACAUACGGGUUACAACUCACAUACACGUUCAAAGCCACCGAAAAUAAUCAGACUGUUACACCAAGGUUCACUGCAUUUUUCGACUAUCUAUACGAUGCUUACUUUCAAGAUUUCUUUGCCAUUAUUUACGAUGCGAAUAAAAAAGUGAUUGGUUACCUUGAUAUUUACCCGAAAAACGUUAAGCUGGAAGUAAAAGGAGACUACACAAUCCGCGCACAGUUACGCAAUGAUUCUCAUGAACUCUUGGAGAAACUAGCAAACACCAUCUGCCUACUCGACAUUUCUCUAUCCAAAAAAGUGAACUUGGAAAUUUACUCUCAAGUAUUUGACAUUUUCAUCUCCAAAAAGACAGCUGGAAGAUGUGCCCUCGAGAAAGGAGAACGAAAAGCUUUAUUUGUUGCGUCGCCACAAGACUACAAUGUUUUUCCGAAAGAGGCGAAAUAUGGCGACUUGUUGGUCGGCAACCUGAAUUUUGUCAAUUCUUUAAGAACCGAUGGUGGUCAAUACAAGGUGAUAUUUGCUGUUCCGCCGGCACCGGUCAAAACCAAGGAACCGACGCCAUCUGGCGGGACUGGCGGCAGUAAAGGCAAAGAUGGGGAAAAGGAAAAAAGCAAAGAAGAGACAAUUUCGAUACAGUUAUCAGAGUCUAUUCGCGACACGCAAAUUGCCCAUAUACGGAAAUUCCCAGCAGAUUCGACGUCCCGUAAGGAACUAAUAGCCGAACUAGAGGAUAAGCAUCCGACGCAUAUACCGUUAUUACAGACGAAAUUAGAAGUAUUAUUUGAAGGGUUAAACGGAGCUAUGAAACCAGAAACGGCUAACGCCGUUAUUGAGGUCGCAGACCAAAUCCUUGCGAACAUCGAUUUCACCGAAUUAUCAGCAUAUUACGGUGUCAAGCAAGAACUUAACAACGAGGCCGCCAAAAAGAAAAAGAAAGAAUUCGACGAGAAGAAAAAAAUAACAAUAUCUGCGUUGCGCUGUAAAGCACAAUCUUUAGCUGUCCUUGCUGAUAGAUCAAAAACAACAUCAUCUUUUGAUUCAUCAUCAUCCAGGGUUAACAUUGAAGAACUGGCAGCACAAUUUGAAAAAACCUAUCAGACUGCCAUGCAAUGGCUUGACGCAACCAGUGAUCUAAAGAACUUAUUAUUGUACGUGACGCAUGAACGUCGUGCCCAUCGAUACGGAAAUGCCAUAAAGGCCAUCAACAAAUACUUGUCUGAGCAAGGACUCACCAAAGAAAAUGUAAAAGAAAUUGAGAAAGCAAUUGGUUUACGACUGGAAUUGCUACGUGAAUUAAACUGGGAUAUUUGGAUAGCAUAUGAAGAGAAAUGGAAGCUCAUUCGUGCGCCGCCUGGUGGAUAUGCACCUUUCUGA